AUGGCGAACGGAGCUGGAGCUGGAGUUGAUUCUACAGAAACUUCGAAUCAGGAGAGGAAUACCUCAAUUCCAGAACAGAUCGAGAGAUUCACAGAUAUUCACCCCAGAAAUCCUUUGUAUCUGCAUCCAUCAGAUACACCAGGUAGCAUUUUAAUUCCUCAACAGAUUACUGGUAUUGAGAAUUAUACUGGAUGGAGUAAUUCGAUGAAAGUAGCAUUGUUGGCUAAAAAUAAAAUUGGGUUUAUUGAUGGAAAAUGCCGUAGAGAUCAUUAUAAAGGUGAUCUCAUACAUGAAUGGGAUAGGUGUAAUGCUUUUGUGCUAUCAUGGAUAACUAAUUCAGUCUCGAAGGAACUAGCAAAUGGCUUAAUGUUUUCGUAUAAUGCACAUAACGUUUGGAAGGAUUUACAGGAGAGAUUUGACAAACGAAAUCUUACUAGGAUAAACCAAAUUCAUCGAGAGAUUAGUACAAUAUGUCAAGGAACCUUUACUGUUUCUGAAUACUACUCAAAGUUGAGGAAUCUAUGGGAUGAGUAUGUGUCUUUAGUUCCCCUGCCAGCAUGUGAAUGUGAUAAGUAUCGAGUAUAUGCAGAACAUAUGGAGAGACAAAAGCUCAUGCAGUUUUUAAUGGGAUUGAACAAUAGCUUUGCUCAGUCGAGAAGUCAGAUACUCAUGAUAGUUCCAAGCCCAAGUCUCAACCAAGCUUACAAUAUGAUCAUGCAGGAUGAAAGUCAGAAAAUUCAGUCUAGCUUAAUAUCAAAUUGUGUCCUACCUUUGCAGAAAUUGGAUGUCAAUGAUUCCACUGUUUUAGCCUCGAUACACAAUAACAAAUUUAACCAGAACACAGGGUUAUAUUGUGAUCAUUGCCAUCUGAGAAACCACACAAGAGCCAAUUGCUACAGAUUGAUUGGAUAUCCUCAGAAUUACAAGUUCACAAAGAAGAAAAAUGUGGAUGAUAGAGGCUUCAAAGGUCAGGAUCAUGGCAAUGACAAAAUGCAGAACUAUGGGGGUAGUAGAAGGUCUCAAGUCAACAAUGUCAAUUUUUCUGAAAACAAUGCUCCUGAAUCUGCUUCUUUUCCUACUGUGCCAACAUUUACUGCUGAUCAGUAUAACCAUCUGCUGAAAAUGAUUGACAAAGAUUCCUUACCUCAAAAUCAUGUUGCUAACAUGGCAGGUAACCCUUCUAUUUCUCCUUAUACAUUCAGUACAUCUAUUAGUUGUUUUGCUGCAGGUAAUGAUGCAACUCCUUGGAUUGUAGACACUGGUGCAACUGAUCAUAUGGUCCAUAGUUUGAAUACAUUACUAAAUCCCAAAGUUAUCCCUUCCAAUUCCAGCAAUGUGUAUCUUCCAAAUGGUCAAACCGCAGAAGUUACUCACAUUGGUUCUGCAACCUUAUUUGACCAUUAUAACAUUCAGAGAGUCCUUCAUAUUCCACAAUUUUCUUACAAUCUUUUGUCCAUUUCCAAACUUACUAAAGAACUCAAUUGUUGUGUUUCUUUCUAUCCUCAUUUUUGUCUUUUUCAUGACCUUUGCACUGGCAAGGUGAGGGGGAUUGGUAAGGAAGAAGGAGGCCUUUACAUGCUCCCACCUACCAAGCAGCCAAAGCCACCAUCACCUGCCACUGCAUUCUCAAACAUUCAUUCUGUUUUUUGCCCAUCUUCUCCAACAGACAUUUCCAUCUGGCAUAUGAGACUCGAUCAUGCCCCUAUUACAGUGCUACACAAAAUAGACUCACUAAGGCCUCAAUUGCAGAAUAAAGUUUUUCAUUCAUGUCCUGUGUGUCCUCUUGCAAGACAAACUAGAUUCCCUUUCCCUUCUAGCACUAAGAAAACUAGUACUUGUGUCCACACACCGCAACAAAAUGACAUUGCGGAAAGAAAGCAUAGACAUCUUCUUGAAAUGGCAAGGGCACUCAGGUUCCAGGCUCAUGCACCCUUAAAGUUUUGGGGGGAGUGUGUACUUACAGCCACCUUUCUUAUAAAUAGACUUCCCUCAUCUGUUUUGGGAGGAAAAUCUCCUUAUGAAGUCUUUCAUAAACAAGUGCCCAAACUACACUAUUUGCGAGUUUUUGGCUGCUUAUGUUAUGCCACCAAACCAGUCACCACUGACAAAUUUUCCCCCAAGGCAAUUCCUUCUGUGGGCUAUUCUGAUACACAAAAAGGUUACAAACUUUACAAUAUUGCCACAGGUUCUUUUUUUGUCAAUAGGGAUGUAUCCUUUAAGGAGGAUGUCUUUCCAUUUAAACAUCCCAAACAUAAUUUUCUAGAUGCUCAACCUCCUUCUCAUACUUCCACUUUUCCAGUCCCUUUAUCAGCAUUCCCUAAUCCUGCAGAUGACUGUUUUCCUGCUUUUUUUUCAGACCCUCAACCCAGCAGUCCUCUUCUCACACCUGAUCCUCAAUACAUCAAUUUACAUACCAUUCCUCCACCCUCAGUUCCUCCCUCUCCAUCACCUCUAUCUCCUUAUCUUCCACCUCCAUUUCCUGAAGUUCCUCAAAGAAAAUCUUCUAGAUCCACCAAACCACCCAUCUGGCAUACUGACUAUGUCACUACUUUCAAAACACCUCAUCCUAUUUCUACUUCCAUGUCCUACUCUAAUAUCACACCUUCUUAUAAAUCUUAUCUUUCCACAUUUUCCUCUUCUAUUUCAGAACCUUCAUCUUUUGACCAGGCUUCCAAAAAUAGUAAUUGGAUUUUGGCUAUGGACCAAGAGAUUCAAGCACUCACUGACAAUCAUACGUGGGAGGUUGUUGAUUUGCCUCCAGGAAAAUUACCUAUUGGUUGCAAGUGGGUGUAUAAGGUUAAGUACAAAGCUGAUGGCAGUGUUGAAAGAUAUAAGGCCAGACUGGUUGCUAAGGGGUUUACUCAACAAGAAGGUUUGGACUACCAUGAUACCUUCUCCCCUAUGGUGAAAAUAGUGACUGUACGGUGUGUUAUUGCGCUACCAAGCUUAGGACUAUUGAUGAGCAGCAAGAAGUCAGGAAAGAUCAAUGCUUAUUGUGAUGCUGAUUGGGCAUCAUGUGUGUUAUCUAGAAAGUCUGUAACAGGUUAUGGUAUUAAGAUUGGUGAAUCUUUGGUUUCUUGGAAGUCAAAAAAACAGAACACAGUCUCAAGGAGUUCAGCUGAAGCUGAAUAUAGGAGUAUGGCAACAACUGUAGCAGAGCUGGUGUGGCUACAAGGAUUAUUGCAAGAACUUGGAGCUCAAGUUGAGUUGCCGAUGGAGUUACACUGUGAUAAUAAAGCAGCAAUUCAAAUUGCGUCAAAUCCCAUGUAUCAUGAACGAACAAAACAUAUAGAGAUCGAUUGUCAUUUCAUCAGAGAAAGGAUGCAAGAGGGAUUAGUUAAGACUGGAUACAUAGCAAGCAGAGAAUAA